AUGCCUGCCCCCCCAACCCUAAAGCACACCAGACAGAAGCACCAUCCUGACAUACAUCCCCGCCCUGAGAGACAGGCAAAACAUUGCGCCUUUCCUCCAUCUGUCAUCUCACUUCCUCAGCACGCCCACCUGCCGUCAUCUCUGCCCUCCUUAUCCCAUUUGAUCCCCUGCCCCUGCCCGGGAAGCUCAAAAAGGACACUUCCAAUCCCGGCGUUUCACUGGCUAACUCUGGUCACAUGCUGCCUGCUACCCCCUCUGAUUGGAGCAGGGGAGACCUGGGGCGUGGUGUCGGCCUGUCCUUUCCACUGCGUGUGUCGGAACCUUUCCGAAUCCCUCAGCACGCUGUGCGCCGACAAGGGUCUCCUGUUUGUGCCCCCGCACGUUGACCGGCGGACCGUCGAGCUGCGGCUCGCGGACAACUUCAUCACCGAAGUGGGAGGAGCAGACUUUGUCAACAUGAGCGGAUUGGUCGAUUUAACUCUGUCCAGAAACACCAUCCACCUGAUUCGACCGAUGGCCUUUGCCGAUCUGGAGAGUCUGCGCUCGUUGCAUCUGGAUGGAAACCGUUUAACAAUAGUAGGCCCAAGGGACUUGGCUGGGUUAGUCAAUCUACAACAUCUGAUUGUCAAUAACAAUCAGUUGGUCAAAGUGUCUGUACAAGCAUUUGAUGACUUCUUACUCACAUUAGAGGAUCUUGACAUGUCUUACAACAACCUCCGAAAGGUACCGUGGGAAUCCAUUCAGAACAUGGCCAGUUUGCACACUCUAAACCUGGACCACAACCUCAUAGACCACAUCGCAGAGGGGGUUUUCGGAGAGUUGUACAAGCUCGCUAGGCUGGAUAUGACCUCCAACCGGCUCAGGACCUUGCCACCUGACCCACUCUUUGCAAGGUCCCAAACAGGUGCGAUAAGCCCCACCCCUUACAACGCUGUCAUCAGUCUGAAUUUCGGGGGAAAUCCUCUGCACUGCAACUGUGAAUUGCUGUGGCUACGACGGCUUAUCCGCAGUGACGACAUGGAGACCUGCGCCACGCCACUCCACCUGGCUGGAAGGUAUUUCUGGUCGAUUCCUGAGGAGGAGUUUACAUGCGAGCCUCCUCUCAUUACCCGUCACACUCACAAGCUUUGGGUGCUGGAAGGCCAGAGGGCCACACUCAAGUGCCGUGCCAUCGGAGACCCGGAGCCGGUGGUGCACUGGGUGUCACCGGACGAUCGCAUCAUCGCUAACUCCUCCCGGACAAGCUCCUUCAACAACGGCACUUUGGAUAUUAUAGUGACAGUUGCUCGGGACGACGGGGCGUACACGUGCAUCGCCAUAAACGCAGCCGGCGAAGCAACCGCAACAGUAGACCUGAAAAUAAUCCCCCUUCCUCACAGGGGCGGGAACAACAACGUGAACAAUAAGAACAAAGGGAAUGUAACCAAUGGGAUUAUACGAACUGAUCCGGGAUCUUCCGAUAUUAGCACCGGUAAAGGAAUAAACAACGGCGCGGGGCGCGGAGGUGAAGCAGAGGACGUGAAAACAGGUGGCAAUGAAGAAGGGGGCGACGACGAAGUGGCGGCGGAGGACGACGACGAGGAUGAAGAUAGCAGGAUGGUUGGAGUACAAGGAGUAACGUCCACCUCGGCUCAGGUCCGUUGGGAUUUGGGACGCUUGUCUGGAGCUUACGCUGUGUGGAUGUAUCAGAUACAGUACAACUGCACGGCUGAUGAAACCCUCAUCUACAGGAUCCUGCCGUCCACCAGCGACCGCUUCCUGUUGAAGAACCUGGUCUCCGGGGUGGAUUAUAACUUGUGCGUGCUGGCCAUUUUUGACGACUCCAUCACAGCGCUGGCGGCGACCAAAAUCCUGGGCUGCACCACCUUCUCCACCAAGGACGUUUACCCUGCUUGCAGCUCUCUGCAGGCUCACUUCUUGGGAGGAACCCUGACUAUUUUAGUAGGCGGCGUGGUGGUGGUAACCCUCCUGGUGUUCACCGUCGCCUUGAUGGUUCGCCAUCGGGUGUGCGACCAUUCAGACCACGCGCUUUGUCGCAACGGCAAUGCGGAGGCAGGAGUCGGCAUCUGCGGUCAGGGGGUCGGGGUGCCGGCCCGGGAUAAAGCGGGAGAUGCCGGCGGGUGCUACCAGGCCAACGGGUCUGGCGACAUGAUGAUGGUAGUCCUACCUAACGGUCUGCCUUCUAAGAGAACGGGAGAAAGCGAGAAGGAGAAGGAGCCGGCCGAUUGCGCUUCUCCUCUGCCGCCAAAACUUCCCCCGAAGCCGAGGUUCAAGCCAAAAGUCAAUUUGGAGCAGUUCCUUUCAGCUGGAGGUGUGGUUUCCACCAUGGCGGGUACGGGAGGAGAGAUGGCCUUGGUGGUGCGGCAGAGGAAGCUGGACAAAGCGCCGCCGUACAGUGCGGAAACACUUCUGGACUAUCCGCCCUCUAUCUCGUCCACCCUGCCGCGCCAGUCGCGCUUUAGGGAAAGCCCCAAACCUCGCUUGGAGCGAGAGCUGACCACCCGUGCCAGCUUCUCCCUGGCGGCACCCCUGAGAGACUCCGAUAUGCUGACCUGGAGGAUUAAUUCACCCGGAAGGGACAAAUGGAAUUCCUCCCAGGCUUAUCAGAGCCCUGUUUCCCCUCUCGACCCCGCCCGCGGGACAGUCAGCAAGCGCCGCCACUCGCUGGACAUGGGCUCCUCUGUCGCCCUCGCGACCGACGCGGCCGCGUCCGUGGCUAAACGCUACGGCGCCAUCAGCUACGCCAAACGGCUCAGCGUCAUCUGGACCAGGCGAAGCCAGUCGCUUCACGGAAUGCUGGUUCAAUGCGCGUCCAACGCUAGCACCGGCUCCUCCAACACCAGCGACGAGGGCGAGCGCGCCGGGCCGUUCGGGUGCGAUUUUCAACGCGGAUACAUCCACGCUUACAACACCACCAACUCCAACUCGAACACCGCCGGAAGAGAGAAAAGCAAAAGCGGAAGGCGCGCGGACGAGCUGGAGGAAAGCGUCGUGUAG